GGCGGCGAGGAGUAGCACGGAGCUUGGCGGGGCCGAUCGCGCCGCGCCGGCAGGCCAUUGGGGCGAGGGAGCGGAGCGGAGCGGAGCGGGGCGAGGGCCACAGUCAUCCCGGCCCGGUGGCGAGCGGAGCGGGAACAUGGCGAGCGUCGGAAACGGCACGGAGGAGAGCGGCGGCGGCGAGGAGGAAAGCUUUGAAGAUGCCUUUGAAAAUAUCCCCGUGGCAUCCAAGAUGGAUCUCAAGUGUGCUCUGGAAGAAUGUUCAAUGGCACUGAAUUUAUUUCUGAACAAUAAAUUCUCAGAAGCCCUGGAAUUACUUCGUCCAUGGUCUAAAGAUAGCAUGUACCAUGCUCUUGGGUACAGCACUAUUUUAGUUAUGCAAGCUGCCAUGACAUUUGAACAGCAGGAUAUACAGAUGGGAAUUUCUACAAUGAAGGAAGCUUUACAAACCUGCCAAAGAUUCAGGAAAAGAAGCACAGUGGUAGAAUCCUUGUCCAGUCUAGUUUCUAAACAGCCAAUGGAUCAGUUAAGUGAAGAGGAAAUGCAUGCUGAAAUUUGUUAUGCUGAAUGCUUGCUGCAGAAAGCAGCUCUCACCUUUGUACAGGAUGAAAAUAUGAUCAACUUUAUCAAAGGUGGCCUGAAAAUUAGGACAAGUUACCAAAUAUACAAAGAAUGUCAUCAGGUGCUACAGAUGACUCAGGGGAACAAAAACAAAAAUGAAACUUAUCACCAGUUUGAAGGAGGAGUAAAACUUGGAAUAGGAGCAUUCAAUUUGAUGCUGUCACUUUUACCUGGAAGGAUCCUCCGACUUCUAGAAUUUAUUGGAUUUUCUGGCAAUAGGGAGUUGGGCCUCCAUCAGCUACGGGAAGGUGCAUCUGGCAGCAGUUUGAGGGCCAUUUUGUGUACCUUCACCUUGCUGGUUUAUCAUACUUAUGUCUCCUUAAUCCUUGGUACAGGGGAAGCCAAUCUUCGUGAAGCAGAUGGUCUCCUUGAACCCUACCUCCAGAAGUUUCCAAAUGGUUCCAUUAUAUUAUUUUACGCUGCUAGAAUAGAUAUACUGAAAGGAAAUUUUGAAAAGGCACAGGUAACAUUCCAAGAAUGCAUAGCAGCCCAGCAAGAGUGGAAGCAGAUUCACCAUCUCUGUUACUGGGAGCUGAUGUGGUGCUACACAUUCCAGCAGAACUGGCUUCAGGCAUAUCGGUAUGCAGACCUACUCAGCAAAGAGAGCAGGUGGUCUAAGGCAAUAUAUGUAUUCCAGAAAGCAGCAAUCUUGUGUAUGCUUCCAGAGCAUGAUGUGAAAGGGACUGGUGAGGACAUUAUAUCUUUGUUCAGACAAGUGGAUGGUUUAAAACAGAGAAUUGCAGGAAAAUCUAUCCCGACUGAAAAGUUCGCAGUAAGGAAAGCUCGACGCUAUGCAAGUUCUCAACCAGUGAAGCUGAUAUUGCCUGCCUUGGAAAUGAUGUAUGUCUGGAAUGGCUUUGCAAUUGUGGGCAAAAGAGCAGACCUCACUGAAAAUCUGUUGGUAACAAUUGAAAAAGAAGAAACUGCUCUACAAAAUGAAACUAAUCACAAUGAAUAUUAUAUGGAUGAUGUGUGCUUGUUGCAGUUACUAAAAGGCCUCUGUCUAAAGCACUUAGGAAGACUCAUGCAAGCUGAACUGUGUUUCAAUCAAGUAAUUCAAAGUGAGAAGCAGAUAAAAUAUGACAAUUAUUUGGUGCCAUUCACGCUGUAUGAGUUGGGUCUUCUGUACAAACAACAAGAUGAGAGAGGAAAAGCAAUAAGAUUCAUAGAAACUGCAAAAAACAACUACAAAGAAUACUCUAUGGAGUCCAGGUUACACUUCAGGAUUCAUGCCGCACUUGACAGCUUGAAAGUGACUCCUGCUUCAACGCCUUGAGUUCAUUGAGAAGAGACAUUUUUCACGUGUACAGUGCACCACCUUUCUGGAAUUAUUUCCUUUUUUCAAUCAUGGAAAAGAAAAAACCUAAUGAUUGUUUUGUCAUCUCUGAUUUUAUGUUUGUCAUUCCUUUAGACUGCUUUC